AUGGGAAGCACAUGUUUGCUCCAGGUGUUGCGUGUUGUUGUUCUGGCUCUUUUGAGUGUAUCUCUUGUACAAGCAGAAGAUGCAUACAAAUACUACACGUGGACCGUCACUUAUGGGACUCGUUCUCCACUAGGUAGUCCUCAGCAGGUGAUUCUGAUCAAUGGUCAGUUUCCUGGGCCUCAACUAGACUUGGUAACAAAUGACAAUGUAAUUCUCAACCUUGUCAACAAGUUGGAUGAGCCAUUUCUACUCACUUGGAAUGGCAUCAAACAAAGGAAAAAUUCAUGGCAAGAUGGGGUAUUGGGAACCAACUGCCCCAUUCCUCCAAACUCAAAUUACACAUACAAGUUUCAAGCCAAGGAUCAGAUUGGAACCUACACAUACUUUCCAUCAACUCAACUGCAUAAAGCAGCUGGAGGAUUUGGGGGACUCAAUGUCUAUCAUAGAUCUGUCAUCCCCGUGCCUUAUCCAUACCCUGAUGGAGAUUUUACUUUACUCAUUGGUGAUUGGUACAAGACCAGCCACAAGGCAUUACAGGAUUCAUUGGAUUCUGGAAAAUCUCUUGCUUUUCCCGAUGGUCUCCUCAUCAAUGGCCAGGCUCACACUACCAUAAAUGGAGACCAAGGAAAGACCUAUAUGUUCAGGAUCUCUAAUGUGGGCAUGUCAACAUCAAUUAACUUUAGAAUUCAGGGUCAUACCCUGAAGCUAGUUGAGAUUGAAGGAUCACACAUUAUCCAGAACAUAUAUGACACCCUUGAUGUGCAUGUUGGGCAAUCAGCUGCUGUGUUGGUAACCUUAAAUCAGCCUCCACAGGACUACUAUAUUGUUGCCUCAACAAGAUUUUCCAGAAAAGUUCUCACAGCAACUGCAGUAUUACAUUACACAAACUCUAACUCCCCAGCUUCUGGACCCUUGCCUAGUCCCCCCAUUCAUCAAUAUCACUGGUCUGUGAAGCAAGCUAGAACCUACAGAUGGAAUCUUACAGCAAAUGCAGCUAGGCCUAAUCCACAAGGGUCAUACCAUUACGGGAAAAUAACUCCCACAAAGACAAUUGUAUUGUCCAAUUCAGCACCUUUGAUCAAUGGAAAACUUCGUUAUGCUGUUAACAAGGUUUCCUAUGUCAACCCUGAUACCCCUCUCAAGCUUGCUGAUUACUUCAACAUUCCUGGAAUCUACAGUGUUGACUCAAUCCAAAACCUUCCUUCUGACGGUCCUGAAUCCGUAGCCACCUCCGUGGUGCCAACUUCUCUCCAUGAUUUCAUUGAGGUCGUUUUUCAGAACAAUGAAAAGACCAUGCAAUCUUGGCAUCUUGAUGGCUAUGACUUUUGGGUUGUGGGUUACGGUUUUGGCCAGUGGACACCAGCCAAGAGAAGCACCUAUAAUCUAGCGGAUGCCCUGACCAGGCACACUGCACAGGUGUAUCCAAAUGCUUGGACUACCAUAUUGGUGUCCUUGGACAACCAAGGUAUGUGGAACUUGAGGUCUGCAAUAUGGGAAAGGCAGUAUCUUGGGCAGCAGUUAUAUCUCAAGGUUUGGACUGCUGAACACAGCCUUGCUAACGAAUAUGAUAUUCCCAACAAUGUAUUGCUUUGUGGAAAAGCUGUUGGACAUAAUCCCUAG